UGUUUGUAGGUCAAAGUCAGGGUAUUUUCAGAUGGAGAAUAAGUGAGUUCAAAACAUCACGAAGGAACAAAAGUAAAUGAUUAGGUGCUGUGAGAGAGGGGAUCUUGCAACCCUGAGCAACAGGUUGUGGUAUUUUUACAUAUUUGUAAAUGUGAAACCGAGUGUCACAUGCUCUCAGCUCACCGAUUAUGUAAGAAAUAUUUUAAUUUGGCCCAUUAUCACAACAAAUGUCAGUGCUCUGCUUUCUUGUCACAGUUCGGUUGACGGACGCGCUCUCAGCAAGUCGUUCAGCGCCUCGCUUUCCAAUACCCUGCGGAGCUGUGAAAAAUUCUCAAAGUUAGUGGCUUAAAGCAGUGCUCUCAGCUCGGGUGAUUUCUGUAAAUGUUUAAUUUCCCCUCUCUCUCCUUUCCUGAGGGGUGGCGAACAGCUUAACAAAUAGUCUGCCGCCGUUUGCCCCCCCGGAGGGGUGCGUUAAACAGGUGAAGCCGAACACCGCUCUCAUUAGUUACACAUGCAGUCAUCUGCCACUCACCAGAGACUGAUGCCGGAGAGUUUCCACAGCUAUUUUUGCCCACGCUCGGGAGAGACUUGAGGAAUGGCUCAGAGUCUGUGACUGGAUGUGAGCUCAGUGGAAUAUACCAUACUGCAGGGGGCCGUGGAGAUAAGAGGAGUAAUCCAGCCACAUUUCAGCCUGGGGGACAGUCGGUAGUUUUGUUCUGACAGUGUUCCUCUUUCGUGUGCUGAAACUUUCUCUGUGUGUUCACUUUCCCUUUUUUUCUUAUGAAACAAGGAAGAGCCACAGACGCUUUCAGGUGGACACCUAAAGGCUAUCUACUGUUUUCUUAUUAGUAUAUCUUCAUCAACAGUAAUUACAAGCUGUAACUUUGCACUUUCCAGUUUCAUCAUCACCCAAGUGAGACAAACAUGGCCAGCACAGCUGUUCAGCUCCUUGGCUUUUUCCUGGGGCUGCUGGGGUUUGCCGGAACUGUAGUCGCAACCCUGCUCCCCCACUGGCGCAGCACGGCCUAUGUGGGCUCCAACAUCAUCACAGCCACUGCCUACAUGAAAGGUCUGUGGAUGGAGUGUGUCUGGCACAGCACUGGCAUUUACCAGUGUGAGCUGUACAGAUCGCUGCUGGCGCUGCCGCGUGACCUGCAGGCGGCCCGAGCGCUCAUGGUGCUCUCCUGCGUCACCUCCGUCCUGGCCUCUCUGGUCUCUGUGAUAGGGAUGAAGUGCACUCGCUUCGGUCGCAGCUCCCUGAUCAAAUCUCCCCUGGUGUUGAGCGGAGGUGUUUGUUUUCUCUGUGCUGGGGUCCUCUGCCUGGUCACCGUGUCCUGGACCACCAACGACGUCAUCAUGGAAUUCUAUGACCCUUUCCUCCACAGUGGAAUGAAGUACGAGAUCGGCCUGGCCGUGUAUCUCGGUUACGCCUCAGCUUGCCUCAGUCUCACCGGGGGAAUGGUGUUGUGCUGGAGCAGCAGUAGCGACAGGCCACGGAGCCCAGUCCUCGUGCAGAGGAGCCCGCCAUCAUCCCCUCCCCCUGCCUUCAAUAACAUAUAUCCUCCUGCUCCACUCUACAAGCCACCGGAGGCCCUGAAAGACAACCGCGCUCCUUCACUCUGCUCCCUUUCCAGCAAUGGCUAUAGGCUGAAUAACUACGUCUAAGACUGUGGACGAUACUAACAUCCUAACUGUGAGGCCACAACGCCUGAGUGUGAAUGAACAAGUUGGACCAAAGCCAUCAGUUGAAUAUGAAGUCAGCUUGUUUUUUUAUUUUAUUUUCUUUACUUGUGGUGUUUUUGCAGGAAUCAAAUGUUAUAAUUACUUUAUAGACUUCAGUGGGACUUUUCUCCAAGUAAGAAACUGAAACAUGAUCGGACUUGAGAACUGAGUAGCAACCGUGAGAGGAGACUGGACCUGCUGCUAUUCACCCGAAGGACCAGGAGGUGGCAAUAUUUUACAAGAAAUAAUCUCCAAGGACCAAACGAGGCAGGUUCCACAUUCCGCGAUGUGACGCUGAAGUUAACGGAUGAGCAAUUGUUCUGUCACUUCCUGACAGAACAAGCUGAUUUUUUUACUCUUUCUAAAAACUCUUUAAUCAGUAACUUAAAAACGAACAGAUUAUAUUUGAUGUUAGUAUUCAGUAGCUUUGCAGUUUUUUGUUUUCUUUGACAUGAAAAUGACUUAACGUUUGUGUACUGCCAUAAUUAAAAACAAUAACCGAUGGCAUCUUACAUAUAGAUGUGUAAAUUCA